AGUUGCAUUCACUUUGUUUGCUUUGUUUUGAACGUAUUGCUCAACAAGUUUUUGACUGUGCCCGUGAAAAUAACAUCCUAACAUAUUAUAUGAGAAACUAAACCUGCACCGAAAUAUGGAUACUCGUUUGCAUCGAAAGGAAUGAAAAGUGAACCGGGAAAAUGGACCUUAACAAGCGGCUGCUGCUGCAAAAGCACCAGCAGGACAUUAUCGAUGAUCUAGAUGUGGUGUAUAUUUAUGAUGAGCUGUUCACAAAAAACGUCAUUUCAGCCGAAGAGUUCCAACAUAUUCUCAAUGUUAACUCUCGCGUCGAAAAAACUCGGUUCUUAUUGGAAUCGUUGAUCCGUAGUGGCAGCAACAAGUCCUAUGAGGCCUUUGUAGACAGCCUUCAUAAAGACUACAAGUGGCUUUGGGAGAAACUGGCCAUAGAGAACAACAAUCCGAUGCCUAAUGAUAGUUUUGAGGACAGCCUUAGCAAAGGCGAUGUGCCGAGGCUGCCCGACCAUCAUGUGAGAAGAGCAAAAGUGGAACAAAUUGUAGCAGAUAGCCUUAAAGCGUUGACGCGGCAUAAGGUCUUGGCAAUUCAUGGAAUGCCUGGGUCGGGGAAGACUUGCGUCGUACUCAGUGCUUUACGAGAUAACCCUGAUCUGGUUACCAACAAUUUCAACGGCGUGGUGUUCUGGGUCAACUUUGGCAACUGUAAGACUGACGAUGACAUUAUUUUUCAGCAAAGCAAACUAUUAAGAAAAGCGUCCUCAAUUUAUACGCAAAAUUCGUACAUGAACUCAACAAUUUCUAUGUCGAGUAUUGGUUCUAAUGGCGAUAGUCACUCCUCAUCAAAUUACGAGUGGACCAUGAUCGAUCUCAAGGACAAACUGAAGGCUCAGUUCUCCGAAACGCCUUUGAAAGAGUCCCUUCUUAUCUUAGACGAGGUGAACGAUAAGAAGGGCUUGGAAGCUUUCGAUAUCGGAUGCAAGAUUCUGGUGACUACAAGGGACACGAGUGUGGUUGCUAACUAUCACCCGCAGAUCAUCAAAAUAGAAAACAGCUUAGAAGAAAAAGAGUCUUUGGAAAUCUUCGCUUUAUCUCUUGAAGUACCUGUGUCCAAGUUACCGUGGCAAGCUAAGAAAAUACAUGAGAUUUGCAAAGGAAGUCCGUUCAACAUCGGCCUCAUUGGAGCCCAGUUGGCCGAAAAUAGGGAGCGAUUGAUCGACGACCCAAAACGAUGGAAUUACUAUGUUAAAGAGCUGAAGAAAAAGAACCAUUUUUCAUUCAUUCCAACAAGUCAGUCCUACAAUCCAAUGAAAACAAUUGAAGUGUGCAUCAACUCUUUAAACGACACAGUUCUUCCAUUAUUUAAGAAGCUCAAAAUUCUCCCAGAUAACGUCAAAGUAUCUGCCAAAGUUUUAAGCAAACUAUGGAAUAUUGACGCUACGAAAGUAGAAUCGAUUAUGAAAGAGUUGCGAAGUAAGUCGUUAAUAAUCGAGUUCUACGAUCGAGAGCAGAGAAACUAUAUGUACGAAAUACAUGAUCUUAUUAUGAAGUACUUGAAGAGUACUAAUGAGGAUGAUUGCAAGAAGUUGCACUCAGAAUUCCUGAAUAGUUACAACUAUAAUAUCACAAACCCACCUUUAGAUAUUGUGGAUGACGGCUAUAUAGCGUUUUACAUCGGAUAUCAUAUCAAACAUACGGAAAAUGUACACGAUAAGUGGAGCCUUUUCAACAAAUUGUUCUUGAAUCUGAAGUUUUUGGGAAACAAAGUCAGGGCGACGGGUACAGCUGACGUGGUUUCGGAUUUACAGAACUAUGAAAGUUAUAUUAUAAAACAUGAGUUAGACAGGGAACUGCUAAACAGCAUCAAAGCGUUCCUAAUCACGCACGGAACUGAUCUAUUCCAUUACCCUUGCACCGACAUUAUUCAGAGCAUUCUGCAAAACGAAUCGAAAGGCAUACUCUAUUCGAAAGCAUCGCAGAUUGCUCAGGAAAAUUGCAAUAACAAUGAGCUGUAUUUUGAUUUUCUCCAUGAACAAAACGUGGAUGAGAUCAAACACUCUACAAUUGACGUGAAGGACACCAUCACGGCUGUAUGCUUUUUAAAGGAUUAUGUACUUGUCGGUACUAACUCCGGUCUCAUUAAGUUCUUCCACAUCUUCACGAAUAAACUCCGCAAAGAGCUCCGCGGUACGGGUUCUCCCAUCAAAUGGAUCGGCGUAUCUUGUGCUAGCUUCCCGCCGAUUGUGGCCGCCUUAGCUUACGACGGUGUCAUCAAACUGUGGUACGUUGACGACAUCGAUUGCGAAGAGACUGAUGAUGUUAUUGAAGAAGAACCAGAAGAAAACUACAAAUACAAUAACAGCUACGCAGACACAGAAACCAUUCAAGGCUCAUACCUAAACUGCAGAUGGGCAAACAACGAAAAGUACCUAAUCCUACACACCAACAAGAAGAUUAUCUUCUACGACCCAUACAGAAAUGAACGGAAUAAGGUCUUCAAAACUAUACAAGAUUUCGACCGAGAUAGAGAGAUUUUAUGCUGUGUCCCUUACAAUUAUGACAAGCAUAUCAUCGUGGCAACAGACGGUAAUACGAAGCUGGUCGAAGUUAUCGACUUGAAGACUAAUGGCAGAGUCAUUACUUUCGAAGAGACUGAUAUAGUUUUAGAUCUGGUUACAGUUCCUCGUAGCAACAAAAUCAUUACUUUAAAACCCAACGAAAUUAUGGAGCAUGAAAUUAGACUGAACUCCAGUACAUUGAAAUCAAGUACUUGUCGAUGUCGAAGAGUUAUUCUAAGUGAUGAUAUUAAAGAGAAUAUGUUGUUCUUGACUGUUGCUGUGAAUAAAACUGGGACUCUGUUGUUUGUGUCUACUGAUGAUAGCAGAGUCGUGUGUAUUGACUUGAAGACUUAUACUUGGAGCUUUGAUUUGGAGAAUCGGAGGGGUAACGUAGUAGCAAUGGCAGUGAGUGAGAUGAUGUGGGAUGAAUUCGAACCCGGGUCUGAUGUACUACUCACCGGCACUGGAUGUAUUGAAGAUUCUGCCAAAGUCUGGUACUUGGAUGCUUCGUAUAUUUCACAAACGGCGCAAAAGAAUGGGAGAGUACGUCUAACAACAAAAUUCGACGUGAGUUUCGUCAACCCUCUCUCGCCGCACACACCCAACUCAAAUUCACCUAACAGUGGCACUGAGAGUGUUAACCCUUCACCUCGAAGGCACCAGUCAUUUGCCAACCAUCAUCAAAGAGAGGUCACCAAAACACUACUUAAAAACUCCAUGAGCUUAGACAGGAGCUCACUAAAACCGUUGAAUUUGAAAGGAAUUUGUAACAACAAUGAAAAUAUUCUCCAGCCCUUAUUGGCUGUGGUUGAUGAUAAGAAUAAUAUUCAGGUAAUGCGUGGAAGAAAAGUCCUAACAGAAAUCAUUGAGGAAUCAGACAAAUAUAUUACCAGAGUAAAAAUCUCUCCGUGCAAUCAGUACAUUAUUUACGGACUUAAAUCUGGUACUGUGAAAAGAUAUACUUUACGUACGAAAGCAAAUAAGGAAAUAUUAGAUAUUUACUGCCCAGUGCAAUAUUUGAACUUUGUUAAUCCUAAUUUGUUGAUCGUUGCGGGUAAGAAUACGUGUUUGAUGGCUUAUCGACUGACUGUGAACGGUGUUUGGGAGCCUGAAAUGAUGCAGAGGGGUAACAAUAAUCUUGGAUCCCAGGAGAUACUGAAUGAUCUUCAAGGUGUCAAAAAAAAGAACGGCCACUCCGAAAGACUGCCAAGUUCAGGUAGCGAUAACAGUAUCUCUUCUAGAGAUCGAUUAUUCCCUAAUGGAGAAAACAAAAGUCUUUGCAAAGGCAGUGGCCUUGUCGAGUGCUUCUACGUUAAAGACUUAGGUAUUAUUACCAUUGAGUACAACGCUACCAUCAAACUGUGGGAUGAUAGUUUGAAACUUCGAACAAUACUGAAUGGAAGACAGGCCGAUGUGUGCAUCACUUCGGCCGCGUUGCAGAAUAACGUGCUUGUUAUUUGUGAGAAGAAUAAUAACGCGUUUCAGACAUUUCAACUAAAAGUAGGCGAUGAUGUAGAGUUACAAACUAUCCAGGAAUAUAGACUCAACAACGCCAUUAUCUCGUGCGAUCUGACGGCUGACGGGAAUAUACUCGCAUUGGGACUAGAUUCCGGAAUGGUUGUGGUAUGGAACGUGCGAAGUCAACGUCAACUGAGCCUACUAAAACACCACAAGUCGAAAGUCCACUGGUGUUCAUUCUCCCCGGUCCCCGAGCGAUCCAACCGCAACUCUAUGACGUCAUCACCCCACCCCGUGCAGUCGCCGUACCACUUCCCUUCCACGCAAGAUGAUGACGAUAGUGAACAGCCGCCAUUAGUACUCGUUACCAUGGCAACGGAGAUUGUUUGGUGGAAUAUCACGCAAGUUAUGAAGGCGCAGAAGUUUAAGAUGGGGAAGAGAACGUACAACGUAAUGUCACCGAUCGGCAGCCCGCUAGAGAACAGAGGCGACACUCCGAAUGCUAACAACAGUUCUAAUACAAGCUCCGCUGCACAUUGCAAUUUCUUCUUCGGAGACGGGUAUGAUAUGCCUCAACAAUGCUGGAAAGCUAUCUGGAAGAAGAAAACAUGCAAACAAGGUUCAAAAAGGAAAGAAAUCUUAGCCUGCAUCAAACUAUCAGGUAUGAACGCGAAGAGGCUCAGCCACGACGACAAAUUCUCCUGUUUCGUCACCGUGGACAAUCCCGGCCAUAUUCACAUCAUGAACGUGAUGCGGACGAAUAAUACAUAGCAUACGAUCACUGCCAUAUUGUGCGCUAUGUGAAGCAAUAUUCAUGUCACUUAUAUCCUUUUACCGCUAAGAACCAAGUAAAUAGGUUUUAUUCAAAAGGUUGUGCCAAGCGUUCCAUUUCUGAACGGAUAAUGUUGUGUCACUUCUCACAGGGUUGUGAUUGGUCGAUGACCGAUGUUAUUUGUGGCCAGUUGUAUGUUAUAGAGUGUGGAUUUAUAGAGAAUUUAAAACGCCAAAUAAAUUAAUGAGAUUAUCUUAUGUAUGCAGUCAAAAUAAAUUCAAUGCAAAAUAAUGGUGCUACAUUUCUAUACAAUUUAUAAUUUUGUAAAAAGAGACCGAACUGACAGUUAUUAGUGCCAAAUAAUUUACUUAAUUUUACCUUAAAUAGAAUUAUUAUAUCUAGGGAUGGGUAGGUGAAGGGUCGUUUUAGCGGUAAAGCGAUAAUAAACUGUUACAUAUCAAUUAAUAAAGAUGACUAUAGUUACUAUCUGCUCAAUGAAAUACUUAAGGACUAAACACUGCCUUCAAUGCAUUUAUUUUUAAAUAGUGAAAUAAUACUCGUAACAUUAUUGUUUAGAAACUGCUCGCGGUUAUAUUACUUACAAUAUUAGGUGCUAUUAUUUUUGUCACAGAUUAUAAUAAAUACGUAAAGUGAAUACUUUUUACUGGAAACUUGCAAACAUUUUAUUUUUUUGAGCUUUAAAUGAGUAAUUUGAUUAUUAUUCCACAUUACUCAGGAGCGUAAAUGACAAUUAUAUACUAAACUAGAAUAUGUUUUUGAGAUUCUCAUUUCUCUGUGCUAGUCCUUUGCAUUUUUUCUUAACCACACAUCAAUGGAUAUUGCUUUACAUAGCUAUGUUAUAUCAUGAACUGUUAUUUUAUAGAAUAGUACAUUUUAGAAUGAGUUUAUUGUAACUUCAAUCCCACCAGUAGUGGUAUGCUCUAUUUGAUUUGGGUAAACUAUCACCACAUUAGUUGAAAUUAAAUUAUUUUUUAAUCCUUUGGCUAAGUAGAUGCAAUUAAAUAAAUACUGCAUGUGGGAGUGGGUGGCCCAGAUCGAAAGUAACUAUAAUUUGAAUGUUUUUUUUUUUCGAUAGUUAAUAAUUAAAAUCAAUUAUUUUAUUUCUUAUGAUUAUGUAUGUAAGGGGUUUUUUGUAUUUAACCCUGAAGAUAUUCUAAAAAUACAUGCAAUAAACUUAUGAAUUUUUGAAUGCAGUUGACUGUUGGUUUGUUACAAAAUUCGGUAAUCUCUAGAAAAUAUCUGUUUUUUUUGGGCUCAAAGGUUACGAACGUGUUAUGUGCCAUUUUUCGGCUUUUUAGAAAUAAUUAAUUAAUCUUUAGGUUAAAGGAGGAAAAAUGAAAUAUGUUUAUUCUUUUGAACAAUUAAGAGUACAUACGUAAAUAGAGCUCACUUUGUUUGCUCAUCGUACUUUAAAUGCCCAGAAUAAUUCCAAUAUACUCUAUACGUAGGGCAAUUCUUUAAUGUAAUUAUGUUAAGUCCAUGAUAGAUCUCCCUGUUAAACAUAAUUUUGUAAUUUUUAUGAACUAAAUAAUGUAAUGGUGCUUAAUAAUAAGACGUAGUAUAUAAACGUUUAUAUUUACCGACAACUAUAAAUUCAAAUAAAUUUACGACUGCUUUCAGCUAAAACAUCAUAAUGGGAAUCAAAAUGUAAUUUUAUCAAAAUCCAUAAUGUCACAAAUCUAGAGCAUUUAUACUGGAAACAGCAUAGUACCAUCGCUCUAGAAAUCAUCUUUACAAUAUAAUCACGCACAAAGUUACCUAAUAUUAAUACUUAUUUUGACAAGACGUUUCAGGCUGUAUCCCUAUUAAAUGCUCUAGGUUUAAGAACUUUUUGAACAUCAAUGUAUCAUGAAAAGCUGACGAAAAAAAAUACUUUGUGGUUAAGCAUCAAAUCCUAGGGUGCUAGAUGUAAGAAGAUAAUUUUUAACAGGAUUUAUGAAAAAGAGGUAAAGAUAGAACAAAAAUGAACAACGAUAUAUAACCAUAAAAUGUACAUAAAUUAAUUACUUAUUUAAAGUUGUCGGAAUUUUAUACAUACAGUAAAAUAUUCUUUGUACAGAUAAGAAUAUGAAAAUGAGACUUUAGCCUUUAUUGCAGUGGUUAGAUUCGAAAUUUUGUGAUUAUUGUAGAAAAUUAUAGCUUUAUCUUAGUUUUAUGCCACUGCACAGUAAGGUUAAUCAAAAAUUCCCGCCCAAAAAUGUGGUCGUACAGACAUAUAAUAAAAGAGUUUCGUAGUGCUUAAUAUUAUAAGAAAUAUCUCGCAUUGUGUAUCCAAGAUCCGCCUAGUAGACAAAAUCAACGAAUAAAUACUACAGAGGAUUGUUGAACAAUUUGUGUUUAAAAGUGGCUCGAACAAUAUGCUGAUAAUUUGAUGCCAUUAAUGGCAUAUUGAUUUCGCUUUGUUUUUCAGGAGUAUUUUUGUCCAUUUUCUCCAAAACAAUUGAACUGAACAGUAAUCUCCUAUGUCUGCGGAAUGUUUCCACUAGAAUUUAUGCUCAAUUCGUGUUUUACAAUAUGUACGUAUUUUUACAAUACAUUUAAUAAUUAUAUUCAAUUCAGCAUAAUUAAUCAAUAACAAUGCAAUGUAAAAUUUUUACCGUCUCAAAUUUUCAGCUAACAUCGAAAAUAUAUUUUAUUGAAGUGAUUGAUGAUUGGUUUUGUAAUAAGGAAAAUAUUUUAAAUAUAUUUUUUGAUAAUA